AUGGCACAUUUCAUUGCUUGCCAUAAAUCUGAUGAUGCUAGCAAUGUUGCUACUUUAUUUUUCAAAGAGAUUGUUCAUUUGCAUGGGAUGCCUAAAACCAUUGUUUCUGACAGGGAUAAUUUGAAGAGUUGGGAAGAACGGCUGCCAAUUGCUGAAUCUGCCUCUAAUAGGCACACACACAACACUAUAUGUUUUUUCCCUUUUGAGGUGGUUUAUGGGUUUAAUCCUUUAACUCCUCUUGAUUUGAUGCCAUAUCCGAUGAACGAGUACCACAAUUUAGAUGGAGCUAUUAAAGCUGGCAUGGUAAGGAAAAUGCAUGAAAAAGUGAGCAAACAAAUUGCUAAGAAAAGUGAGCAAGUGGCGAAGUAUGUGAACAAGGGCAGGAAGGAUGUUAUUUUCAAUCCCGGGGACUUCGUAUGGGUCCAUAUGCAGAAAGGGCGGUGGACGAAUCUUUCUAUGGGGGGAGGAGAUGUUGAGGUCAACUUUGAUAGUAGUAAAUUCAAGAAUAUUGCUUUGACAAUUUCAUCUCCUUGA